AUGGAGUAUUUACUUCUCAUGGAGCGAUCCACAGUCUGCAAACAUGUCCGACAGAAGCAUUCUGGAAAAGAGAGCAAGAAUAUUGAUGACACUCCAAAUGGGAAACAACAGAUGGAGCAGAGAACCAAAGAUGAGGUGUUAACAGACCACAGAGUGAUGGCAGGUGAAGCUUUAGGCAGGAGUAACAUCUGGGAGCCAAGUGUUUACUAUGCAUUGGGAAAGGAGUCCUUCUUUUUUGCUGGUCAUAACAUCAGCAUCCGGGAGUCUAUGGAUACUUAUGGCGCUCUGAUCUGGCCUGGGGCCAUAGCUUUGUGCCAGUUCUUGGAGAACAACCAGCAGCAAGUGAACCUGAUGGACAAGGCCGUGCUGGAGAUUGGGGCUGGGACUGGCUUGCUCUCAAUAGUGGCAAGUCUACUUGGUGCCAGGGUGACAGCUACUGACCUGCCAGACAUCUUGUCUAAUCUGACUUUUAACCUUCUGCAAAAUACCAAGGGCCGUGCUCACUACACCCCCCAGGUGGCUGCCCUCACCUGGGGUCAGGACCUGGAACGAGACUUCCCCUACCCUUCCUACCAGUAUGACUAUGUGUUCGCAGCAGAUGUGGUCUAUCACCACAACUGCCUUGAGGGACUGCUGGAAACUAUGCGCCACUUUUGCCGACCAGGAAGUCGAACAACACUGCUGUGGGCCAACAAAGUUCGGUUCCAGUCUGAUCUGAGGUUCACAGAGUGCUUUCAGAGCAGCUUUAACAGCACACUGGUCUUUGAGCUCCCACAGCAGGAGGUGAGGAUAUACAAGGCCACCGCAAAGGACUGA